AUGUUUGGAGCAGCGUCUAAACUCGCUUCUGCCGCCGCCAACACUGUCACCGAUGCAGCAGAAGCCGUUGGCCACGCCGGAUAUGAAGUUGGAGCCGAUGCUUCAGGCGUCGUCUCCGGCGCAGCAAAAACCGUAGGUCAUGCCGGAUACGAACUCGGAGCCGAUGCUUCCGGCGUCGUGGCCGGAGGUGCAAAAGCUGUGGGCAACGCCGGAUACGAAGUCGGAGCAGAUGUCUCAGGCGUGGUCGCCGGCGGAGCCAAAACCGUAGGCAACGCAGGAUAUGAAGCCGGAAAAGUAGUGUCAGGCGUGGUGGCCGGCGGGGCAAAAGCGGUAGGGCACGCUGGAUACGAAGUGGGAGCGGAUGUUUCGGGCGUGGUGGCCGGCGGAGCCAAAGCUGUAGGGCAAGCAGGAUAUGAAGUUGGAAGAAGAGUGACAGACGCGGUUACCGGCGGUGACAAAACCGAUUAA